AUGGGUGGUACUUCGAGCACUUCUAAAACUCCUGCAGCUUCUUUGACUACGCCUAGUGUUGCACCUGCUACUCCUGUUACUCUUGUUGAUUCUAUCAAUACUACUAUUGCUUCUACUUCUACACCUACUACCAAAACUACGACUACAGUCACUUCUUCUACUGCUACUUCGACUAUUAAUAAUACGAAUACGACACCUACCACUACCAUUGUAACUUCAACGACUCCUACUCCUCCAGCUGUUACUAAAGUGCCUUCAACUAUUACUACAGUUCCUUCAACGACUUCUGUAACGACUACAGAUACUAUCAAGCCUACAUUCUAUUCGAUUGCACAAUCUUUAAUUACUGAUGCUAAUGCUGAUGCUGAUGUUGAUAAACCAAAGUCAAUUGUAAAAUCAGCUGCUGCACGUUGGUAUAAUUGGACAAAAGAUGAACAACAAACACGAGAAAAAGGUAAAAUACUAUGGUAUAUGAAACCACCAGUUACAACUACAGAUAUAUCUACUACAAUGACAACAACAUUAACAACAACAACAGCAAAUAUUAAUAAUGAUCAAAAAGAAACAUCUGAUGAAACAAACGUUAUUGCUAUGCCAAGCUUUCAUUUACGUUCGACAGCUAUAUAUAGUCCACCACAUGGUGAUCGUGUUCUAUCAGGACGUCGUGAAUUAACUAAUACUGAUAUAUCAAAUUAUAAAUAUUAUCGUCCCGAUGAUCGAUCAAACCAGUCGGCUGGUAUUCAUACUAGAGCAACUAUGUAUAGAAUGAAUACUCUUAUAAAAGAAACUCCUUUACCAAUUCAAUCAACUGUAUUGGCGACUACAAGUCCUAUUGAUAGCACCAUUGUAACACAAACUACAUCAUCGUCAUCAUCACCAUUACGUACAUUUGUCUCUCGUGGUCUACAGACUGAUCUUGUGGCACAACCAAUCGAUCCAUCGUCUUCACAAAUGCGUUAUUAUGAAAAACAACAAUCUCAAAUCGUACCUGUAACAGCCUUUUCAAAUAACAAUUCCAAUCAAAAUGCUUUUUAUUAUUUAACAUCAAAUGAUACAAAAACUGAACCAGUUCUUCCACCUAUUGGGAAAACACCCGUAUGGUAUGGUGAUCAACCAGCACAAUCAUAUCCUAAUUCUGCAUCAUUACCGCUAUCACCAACAUCAAUUUUAAAAAAAUCAUCAACAGUAUUAUCUCAAGAUGUAUCUAAUCCUCUUUCCGAGCAGACACAUCAUAAAGUACUUGAACAAUUACGUAAACAUAAUAAAAAUACAAAAGAUGGAAUAUAUCGUGUAAAAAAAAUUCAUCUUGUAGAAAAAAAUGAACAACCAUCAACUGUAACAAAUAAUCUUCCAACAACAACAACAACAAAAGCUAGUCAAAGUAUAUUAAGAAGUAAAAAAUUAUUUUUUUAG